GUCCAUAGGAUUAUUUGCCCCCAGGGGGUGGCAGGAGGGGUGUCUGAGUGUCCCCGGUGUCCCCCCGCAGGUGACGCUGCCGCGGCCGACGUUCCCGGUGCCGAUCCCGACGUUCCCGGUGCCGAUCCCGGAGGAUGAACAAGCCCACGGACCUGCAGCACGACCUGGAACGCAGCCUGCCAGCCAUCGCCUCCAUCAGCUCCUCCCUCUCCCAGAGCCAGGGCUUCUCCCCCUACUUCUUGUCCCCAGAGAAGAGGAAGGUCAUCUCGGAUGUGAGGAGGACCUUCUGCCUCUUCGUCACCUUCGACCUGCUCUUCAUCUCCCUGCUCUGGAUCAUCGAGCUCAAUACCAAGGAUGGCAUCCAGAAGAACCUGAAGGAAGAAAUCAUUGAUUACAAGUUCAAGAGCUCUUUCUUUGACAUAUUUCUCCUGGCCCUGUUUCGGUUCGUGGUGCUGCUCCUGGCCUACGCCGUCGUCCGCCUGCGCCACUGGUGGGUCAUCGCGGUCACCACACUGGUCUCCAGUGCCUUCCUGAUUGUGAAGGUCAUCCUCUCCGAGCUUCUGACCAAAGGGGCUUUUGGCUACUUGCUUCCCAUCGUCUCGUUUGUCAUUGCCUGGCUGGAGACCUGGUUCCUGGAUUUUAAAGUCCUCACUCAGGAAGCAGAAGAGGAGCGAUGGUACCUGGCAGCCCAGGCUGCGGCCUCACGGCCCCUGCUCUACCCCCGGGCCCUCUCUGAGGGGCAGUUCUACUCCCCCCCUGAAUCCUUUGCAG